CCUGAGCGUGCUGCUAGCCAUGGCUGCGUCAGGCCCGGAAUCCCGGCUUUUGCUCCUGCUGCUCCUGCUGCAGCCGCCGCUGCCCCCUGUGACUUGUGCCUCUGAUCGAUCCCGGGGCGCCAACCCUGUCAACCCAGACAAAUUGUUGGUGAUCACUGUGGCUACGGCCGAGACUGAGGGAUACCGGCGUUUUCUGCAGUCUGCGGAGUUCUUUAACUACACUGUACGGACCCUGGGCCUGGGACAGGAGUGGCGAGGGGGUGAUGUCGCCCGAACAGUUGGUGGCGGGCAGAAGGUCAGGUGGCUCAAGAAAGAAAUGGAAAAGUACGCAAAUCAGGAAGACAUGCUAAUCAUGUUUGUAGACAGCUACGAUGUGAUUCUGGCGGGCAGCCCGACAGAACUGCUGAAGAAGUUUCUUCAGAGUGGCAGUCGUCUGCUGUUCUCUGCCGAGAGCUUCUGCUGGCCUGAGUGGGGGCUCGCAGAGCAGUACCCUGAGGUGGCCACGGGCAAGCGUUUCCUCAACUCCGGUGGAUUCAUCGGCUUUGCUCCCACCAUCCAUCAGCUUGUCCGCCAGUGGAAAUACAAAGAUGAUGAUGACGACCAAUUGUUCUACACUCGACUGUACCUGGACCCAGGGCUGCGGGAGAAACUCAAACUUAACCUGGACCAUAAAUCCCGGAUCUUCCAGAACCUCAAUGGAGCUUUAGAUGAAGUGGCCUUAAAAUUCGACCAGAAUCGUGUGCGCAUCCGAAAUGUGGCCUACGACACACUUCCCGUUGUGGUCCAUGGAAACGGUCCCACUAAGCUCCAACUCAACUACUUGGGGAACUACGUCCCCAAUGGUUGGACUCCUCAGGGAGGCUGUGGAUUCUGCAACCAGGACCGGAGGACACUCCCGGGGGGGCAGCCUCCCCCCCGGGUGCUUCUGGCCGUGUUUGUGGAGCAGCCCACCCCCUUCCUGCCUCGAUUCCUGCAGCGUCUGCUCCUCCUGGAUUACCCCCCAGACAGGAUCUCUCUUUUCCUUCACAACAGUGAGGUGUACCACGAGCCUCACAUUGCAGAUGCCUGGCCACAGCUUCAGGACCACUUCUCAGCUGUAAAACUAAUAGGACCAGAGGAGGCACUGAGCUCAGGGGAGGCCAGGGACAUGGCCAUGGACAACUGUCGGCAGAACCCGGAGUGUGAGUUCUACUUCAGCCUGGAUGCCGAUGCUGUCCUUACCAACCCGGAGACCUUGCGCAUCUUGAUCGAACAGAACAGGAAGGUGAUAGCUCCCAUGCUUUCCCGCCACGGCAAGCUCUGGUCCAACUUCUGGGGUGCCCUGAGCCCCGAUGAGUACUAUGCCCGCUCCGAAGACUAUGUGGAAUUGGUGCAGCGGAAGCGAGUGGGCUUGUGGAACGUACCCUACAUAUCCCAGGCAUAUGUGAUCCGAGGGGAGACCCUGAGGACCGAGCUGCCCCAGAAGGAAGUGUUCUCCAACAAUGGCAUUGACCCGGACAUGGCUUUCUGCAUGAGCUUCCGGGACAAGGGCAUCUUCCUCCACCUCAGCAAUCAGCACGAGUAUGGCCGGCUGCUGGCCACUUCUCACUACGACACAGACCACCUACACCCGGACCUCUGGCAGAUCUUUGACAACCCUGUGGACUGGAGAGAACAGUACAUUCAUGAGAACUACAGCCGGGCCCUGGAUGGGGAGGGGCUGGUGGAGCAGCCAUGCCCAGAUGUGUACUGGUUCCCACUGCUGACAGAGCAGAUGUGUGACGAGCUGGUGGAGGAAAUGGAACACUAUGGCCAGUGGUCCGGAGGCAAGCAUGAGGACACCAGGUUGGCUGGAGGGUACGAGAAUGUCCCCACUGUGGACAUCCACAUGAAGCAGGUGGGGUACGAGGACCAGUGGCUUCAGCUGCUGAGGACGUACGUGAGGCCCAUGACUGAGUACCUGUUCCCUGGCUACCACACCAAGACGCGGGCGGUGAUGAACUUCGUGGUCCGCUACCGGCCGGAUGAGCAGCCCUCGCUUCAGCCACACCAUGACUCGUCCACUUUCACAGUUAAUGUCGCCCUCAAUCACAAGGGCGUGGACUAUGAGGGAGGUGGCUGCCGCUUCCUGCGUUACAACUGCAGGGUCUCGUCCCCAAGGAAGGGCUGGGCUCUCCUGCACCCCGGCCGCCUCACACACUACCACGAGGGGCUGCCCACCACCCGGGGCACUAGAUACAUCAUGGUGUCCUUUGUUGAUCCCUGACACUCAACAACCAGUCCGCCAAACCUUCUCUGCCACUGUGCCUUGUUGGGUGACCUGGGUCACCAUUCUUGGAGAAAGAGCGGCCCCUGGCCUUCCCAUUCCCCGAGUGUGUCUGUGGGCCCGGGAUGGAACGUGCUGCUGGCCCCCACAGCCCUCUCAGGAGGUCCCUGGAAUCUUCCACCUUCCCACUGACCCCAUGGACUCAGGGGGAGUGGACUUCAGAGGGCUCCCUGCCUGAUAAAUUAUUAAGCUUCCUCUGCCUCACUUUCAAUAAAAGGGUGUUUGUAACU